AUGAAGCCUGCUUCAGUCUUUCUCAUAUCGGCCCUUUCAGCCGUUGUUGACGCUCAUGGGUAUUUAACCAUUCCUUCAAGCCGUACUCGUCUCGGAUUUGAGGCAGGGAUUGAUACAUGUCCUGAAUGCUCUAUCCUGGAGCCGGUUGAGGCCUGGCCCGACUUGGAAGCAGCCCAGGUAGGUCGAAGCGGGCCAUGCGGAUAUAAUGCGAGAGUCAGCGUCGACUAUAAUCAGCCUGGUGAUUACUGGGGUAACUCAGUUGUUGCGACCUACGCUGCAAAUGAUAUUGUCGAGGUUCAGUGGUGCGUUGAUAAUAACGGUGAUCAUGGUGGCAUGUUUACCUACGGGAUCUGCCAAAACCAAACGCUCGUGGAUCUUUUCCUGACACCAGGCUACCUUCCUACCUCUGAAGAGAAACAGGCUGCCGAAGACUGCUUUUUAGAAGGAGAGCUGAAGUGUACAGAUGUGAAUGGACAAGCCUGUGGAUAUAAUCCCGACUGUUCAUCAGACGAAGCAUGCUAUCGCAACGACUGGUUUACUUGCAAUGCCUUUUCAGCCUCAACUAAUCGGGGCUGCCAGGGCGUCGAUGGAGCUGCAGAAUACUCCUGCACUACCACUAUCUCUGGAGGUUACACAGUCACUAAGAAGAUCAAGAUUCCAGAAUAUCAAUCCGAUCAUACCUUACUGCGGUUUCGAUGGAACUCCUAUCAAACCGCACAGGUAUAUCUUCAUUGUGCUGAUAUCGCCAUUACUGGAAGUGGGUCUAGUUCAACUUCAAGCACCAGCUCCGGGGUGAACACCAGUACCAACAGCAAAACUAGUACCUCAACCAGUACGACAACUACUACGUCCGCAUGCUCGGCAGCAGCCAGUAUAUCUGUCGUGUUUAAUGAGCUCGUGACCACAACAUACGGAGAGAAUGUGUAUAUUUCAGGCUCUAUUAGCCAGCUAGGGUCUUGGGAUACAUCGUCCGCUGUUGCCUUAUCCGCGAGUUCCUAUACCUCUUCCAACCCACUUUGGACUACAACAAUCAGUCUCCCUGUCGGCACAAGCUUCGAGUACAAAUUUAUCAAGAAAGAGACCGACGGUAGCAUUGUGUGGGAAAGCGAUCCCAAUCGCAGCUACACUGUCCCAAGCGGGUGCUCCGGAACUACUACUACUGUGGCCGCAACGUGGAGAUAG